CCCGGAGCGGAGCCGCGCCGAGCCGGCCCGAAGGAAGAGCGCUCCGGGGGUGUCGACAGCCUCGCGCGACCCCAGGGCUAAGUGACGGAGGACAAGCACGUUUCCACCAGGCCUUCCUUCUCACGGAGCAGUAUACCCACUGUAAGCCCAGCGUAGGGCCGAGAUGGCUCUGACCUCAGCUUCUACAACCAGGUUCUCCAUACUUGCUGUGACAGGAAGCACCAUGCUUGAGUUGCCUGGACCCAACACGUCUCUCAAUAGUUCCUGGACUGGCCCAACAGAGCCCAGCACCCUGCAGGACCUGAUAGCCACAGGUGCCAUAGGGGCAGUACUCUCAGCCAUGGGCUUGGUGGGUGUGGUGGGCAAUAUAUACACUCUGGUGAUCAUGUGCCGCUUCCUGCGUGCCUCGGCUUCCAUGUACGUGUAUGUGGUCAACCUGGCGUUAGCUGACCUCCUAUACCUGCUCAGCAUCCCCUUUAUUGUGGCCACCUACAUCACCAAGGACUGGCACUUUGGAGACAUGGGUUGCCGUGUACUCUUCAGUCUGGACUUCCUGACCAUGCAUGCCAGCAUCUUUACCCUGACAGUCAUGAGCAGUGAACGCUACAUGGCUGUGCUUAGGCCUUUGGACACGGUGCAGCGCUCCAAGGGUUACCGCAAGCUGCUGGCGCUUGGCACCUGGCUGCUGGCGCUGCUGCUGACCCUGCCCAUGAUGCUUGCCAUCCGGCUAGUCCGCAGGGGCUCCAAGAGCCUUUGUCUGCCAGCCUGGGGUCCUUACACCCACCGUGCCUACCUGACACUGCUCUUUGGGACCAGCAUUGUGGGGCCUGGCCUGGUCAUUGGGCUGCUGUAUGUCCGCCUAGCCCGGGCCUACUGGCUGUCACAGCAGGCCUCUUUCAAGCAGACACGGCGGCUGCCCAACCCCAGGGUGCUCUACCUCAUCCUGGGAAUUGUCCUUCUCUUCUGGGCCUGCUUCCUGCCUUUCUGGCUGUGGCAGCUGCUGGCCCAGUACUAUGAGGCUAUGCCCCUGGCACCCCAGACCACACGCAUCAUCAACUACCUGACCACCUGCCUGACCUAUGGAAACAGUUGUGUCAACCCCUUCCUUUACACACUGCUCACCAAGAACUUCCGCGAGUACCUACGUGGCCGCCAGCGUUCACUGAGUAGCAGUGGCCAUGGGCCCAGGGGUGCUGGCAGCUUCCUGCCCAGCCGAGUUCACUUACAUGACUCUGGCCGCUGUCUGUCCUCUAGCAGCCAGCAGGCCACGGAGACUCUCAUGAUGUCCCCAGUGGUCUCUGGUGGGGCCUUUGUCUGAGAGAACCCUGCAUAAGCCACACCACUCCAGAGCCUCUUCCCAGAAUCCCCAACUCCCACUGGACCAGUCUGUCUGUCUUCCUGAGUUGUCUAGAAUUGCUUCCUUGUUGCCCACUUCAGUUCCAUUAGCACUUUCCUGGAGUGCUGAGGUUUUCUCACACCCAUGUUUACACACCCACCUCUGAGGGUCUUUGCAGGCUUCAGCCAAGAUUGUCAUCAGAAGACCUUGGUGAAGGAAAAGUCUUGAGACUUAACCCAGAGCAGAAGGAGCCAGUGCCUAGCUGUGAACCUGACUUGUAUCAGUUUUCUCCUGCUGACCAGGUAUCUCCUUUUGCUGGCUAGUGACCUGCAGGUACUUGCACUUCUUCUUCCCUGCUCUACCCCAUCCCCCAGCUUCUGUGGCUCCUGAACUUGGAAAAUAAACCCUGAGUUCUGUAUCCAUCCUGCCCCAGUGCUGGGAAUAGACAUCAGGUCUUGGAAGAGGGUCCUGGGCCCAGCAUACCUCCUAGCAUGAAGAUCCUGAGAGGUUGAGCAGUGUGUCUACCUUCCAGACCUUUGCCUGAGCUGUAUGGGGUGGGGAAGGAGGGCAAGCAUGGUGGGUGGUACAUACCUUUAAUCCCAACACUAGGGAAGCAGAGAUAGGAGGAUCACCCUGAGACUACAUAGUGAAUUCCAGGUCAGCCUGAG